AGAUGGAGCAGAUUAUCCUCCUUUGUGUCCUUUCCACCUGUCUCUCAGCCGUACAUGCUCAGAAGUUUCUGCUGAGCCCAAAAUGGGUCCCACUUGGCUACACAGAACCUGAAAGGCAUAAAGAAGGAACAGCAAUGGACAAAAUCAUCAAAGCAAACGAAUAUCAUGCUUCUCGAAUCAUAGACGGCACGACUACUCUUAGAGAAGGAGAUAUCGCAGUUUCCACCGGAAGGCGAUCUAAGAUGUGCUUUGCUCGCAGCUGCCUUUGGUCGAAAUCAGUGGAUGGACAUGUCUACAUUGCAUAUACCAUCUCACCUGAUUACACUGAGGCGGAUGUAAAGCUGAUAAAGAAGGGGAUGGAAAACAUAGAGGAGGGUACCUGUGUGCGCUUUGUUCCUCAGACUCACCAGAGGGACUAUGUUGACAUCCAGCCAAAGUCUGGGUGCUGGUCCUACCUUGGUGCUCGUGGCGGAAGACAGACAUUGUCUCUCCAGAAUCCCGACUGCAUGCAAGUUGGAGUGAUUUCCCAUGAGUUUAUGCAUGCUCUGGGCUUUGUGCACGAGCAGUCCCGCUUUGACCGUGACAACUACAUCACCGUUAUGUGGCCAAACAUUUGGAGAGAUCGACUGAGAAACUUUGAGAAGUUUAAGACUGACAGUCUGGACUUGCCAUACGACUACGGUUCAAUCAUGCACUUUGGGAUGUAUGCUUACUCAAUGGACGGACAACCAACUCUUGUUGCCAAGAACAACAGGAACAUGAAACUCGGCCAAGCAUCUUCCCUCAGUCACACUGACAAGCUGAAAAUCAACAGGCUUUAUCAAUGUGGUAUGAAGGAUGAUUAA